GUCAAAGAAAAUUGUCAAGUUUGUGAAUAUUUCUGCUUUCUGCGAUUUUUACACAAAAAUCCUUAUAAUCCGUGUUGUAAAGUUAAUUAAUGUAAAAAAUCCAACAAUAUAAUAGGCGUCUUAGUGAGAAGACCAUGUGACUUUGUUUAAUAGAAGCACUUUGAAUGGGAUGUAAACGCGAUGAGUUCGAAACAAACAAUUUAUCAUGAAAAACAGGUUAAAGAGUUGUGCGCUUUACAUGCGCUUAACAAUUUAUUCCAGAUGCGAGCUACAUAUUCGAAGUCUGAGUUAGAUGCAAUAUGCAGCAGGCUAUCACCAAAUGUGUGGAUCAAUCCUCACCGCUCCAUGCUGGGGCUUGGCAACUACGAUAUCAAUGUGAUAAUGGCAGCUUUACAGAAGAAAGGCUGUGAAGCUGUCUGGUUUGAUAAGAGAAAGGACCCUGGUUGUUUGGAUUUGUCAAACAUCUGUGGAUUCAUCCUGAAUGUGCCAUCAGAUUAUAAGCUAGGGUUUGUGAUGUUACCGCUGCGACGUCGGCACUGGAUCACCAUAAGACAGAUACAGGGCAACUUCUACAAUCUGGAUUCCAAACUAGAAUCACCACAGUUGAUUGGAAGGAGUAGUGAUUUAAUAGCGUACCUGAAAGAACAGUUGGAUAGCAAAGAAAAAGAAUUGUUUGUUGUGGUAAGCAAGGAAGUGGAGGAGAAGCAGCUGUGGAUGCACCAGUACACCAUGGACAGCAACAAGCAGUCCGCACAAAACACAGGGCUGCCACAGACUGACGGUCAGUGUGACAGCCCUGGGGACAGUAUAUCGUCACUGUCACAAUACGACUACAGAAACCGUGACGCUGAGUGCCUCAAAUUGACAGAAGUGAGUAAUUGUGUCGGCAGUGCAGAAAUUAAUUAUUAAUGUGUGAAUCUUAGACUUGGUAAUACUUUCCUCCGACUGCUUGUGGCCGUAUAGCAAUUUAUAAUGUGUUCACAGAUGUUUCACUGUAUGUGUGUUGUGUAUUGAAAGAUACAUUCAUUAGUAAUGGUGUUGGUUUGACAAACUGGCUGUCAAGUAAUUACUGCAGUCUGUUGUCUCAGUACUUAAACAAGGUAUUGUUCAGAUUAAUUUAUUGAUAAUAAUAUAUUUGUUUUUAUAUGCACUUUAUUUUUGUUUGCACAAAUAAUGUUGACAUUGCAACAUAUUGUUGUUUUUAUUUAAUUUUAUUUUUGUGUUAUAUGAGGCCUAAGGUUACAAAUAGUAACAAUCAUUGUAAAACUAGAUAGAUCUUGCCUUAAACGAUGGUCUUUUUAUAGCAAUAUGUUAAAGACUGUAAAAUUAUGUAAGCCAUCCGAUCUUCAUAGUUGUUUCAAAACUUUUAGAGGUCUUGAUCUUCAUAAUAAAUAGGAAUCAUAAUAAACAGCAAUAAUAAUAAUAGAUGUGAUAGUGUUUGAUGCUGUCUGUUGAUGUUACAAUAAUAUACUUCAAUACUAUGCCAAAUAUGAUAACCAAACUGUUUGAUUCUAUAAUUAUGGAUAACUUGGCCAAAAUAAUAGAUUAAUGUUGUUACAGAUAAACUUUUGACUGUUUAUUUUGUUGACUAUAUUCUUUAUUUUCUGGUUACACAUUAUUUUUCUUUGAUAGCAUAAUAUAUUAUUUAUUUCUUUUCUUGUUAUACUUUUAUUGUACUUGUCAUCACAUGGGCUCUGUUCACACACAACCACGUAAGUUUUAUUGUAAGAAAUUUCGUGGCAUUUAUUGUAAAGGUUUUUCUAUUGAAGAUACCUAAGAAUAUGGGCAGUGAACAGGGCCUAGUAUUUUCAUGUCGUUCGUGAUAAAUUUCUAGUGAGUGAUGAUUAUUUCUUAUUGAAUCAUUACUGAACUUCUCAUAAGUUUUCUACUAUAUUAAACUUUACUGUAAAUAUAAGAUAUUUUUCCAAAAAAUUUAA